GAAGUAUCCCCAACAACAUGCAGACAAAUGCUAGGGAUAGAUUCGUCAUUUUACUCUCACAGGGAGCUUGAAACCGGAUAAACCGAGUGCUCUUCUCUGAGCAUUUGUUGCAGAGAGAGAGAGAGAGGAAAUGGUGCGCUCAAUUCAUUGCUCUCAUGGCGGUAGACCUCCUCAAAUUCUCUCCCUUUCUCUCUCCUCCAAAACGCUAACAUUCCCUCUCUCUCUACCAUCUUCCUUAACCACUUCAUUCCCUUGUCUCUCCUUGAAACUACGCCCUAGGAAAUCUCGAGCUCUUGCUGGCACUUCAAAGUCAAAUAAUUCACUGAAAACAGUUCAAUGCUCCUCUUCUGAUUCAAACCCUAGAAAUGUCGACGAGUCGAAUUAUAUGCCCCAGCCUUUCUCUGUGAAAAUCCCCGUUGGUGAUCGACAUAUCCUUGUCGAGACUGGGCUCAUUGGGAGACAAGCUAGUGGAGCUGUUACAGUAACAGAUGGGGAAACUAUUAUCUACACAUCUGUCUGUUUGGCUGAUGUCCCAAGUGAGCCUUCUGAUUUUUUCCCUUUAUUUGUCAAUUAUCAAGAGCGUUUUUCUGCUGCAGGCCGAACUAGUGGUGGGUUUUUCAAACGAGAAGGGAGGGCAAGAGAUCAUGAGCUUCUGAUUUGUAGAUUGAUAGAUAGGCCAUUGCGACCAACGAUGUUGAAGGGCUUCUACCAUGAAACACAAAUCCUAUCAUGGGUUUUGAGUUACGACGGUUUGCACUCUCCUGAUGCCCUCGCGAUCACUGCAGCUGGAAUUGCUGUAGCUCUGUCAGAAGUACCUAAUUCCAAAGCAGUCACAGGAGUCAGAGUUGGCCUUAUCAGUGAUCAGUAUAUUGUCAAUCCAACCACAAAACAAAUGGAGGAAUCUGAGUUAGAUUUGGUGCUUGCUGGGACUGAAGACGCCAUAUUGAUGAUAGAGGGUUACUGCAAUUUUCUGUCGGAGGACAAGUUAUUGAAAGCUGUGGAGAUUGGACAGGAGGCAGUGCGAGCAAUGUGCAAGGAGGUGGAGGCGCUGGUUAAGGAGUGUGGAAAUCCUAAGAUGCUUGAAGCAAUUAAAUUACCUCCUCCGGAGCUGUAUAAGAAUGUAGAAGAAAUUGCUGGUAAUGAACUGGUAAAAGUGUUACAAAUCAACAGAAAAAUUCCAAGAAUCAAGGCUCUUUCUGCACUGGAAGAGAGUGUUUUGACUGUGCUUGCAGAAAAAGGACUUCUUGUGAAAGAAGGUACUUCAGUUGUCAGUGAAGUUAUACCUGAGAUUGAUGAGGAUGAAGAUGAGGAUGAGGUGGUCAUUGUGGAUGGUGAAGUGGAUGAAGGUGAUUUUCAUAUAAAACCAGUUUCUCGAAAACCUGUCACCUUGUUGUUCUCUGAAGUGGACGUGAAGCUGGUUUUCAAAGAGGUUACCUCAAAGUUUUUACGCAGACGGAUUGUUGAGGGGGGAAAAAGAAGUGAUGGUCGGACCCCAUCUGAGUUACGCUCAAUUCAUUCACGAUGUCGACUACUUCCAAGAGCACAUGGAAGUGCCCUUUUUACUCGAGGAGAAACACAGUCACUUGCAGUUGUCACUCUUGGAGAUAGGCAAAUGGCUCAACGCUUGGAUAACCUCAUUGAUGUUGAUGAACUGAAGCACUUCUAUCUGCAGUAUUCCUUUCCACCGUCAUGCGUUGGAGAAGUUGGACGAAUAGGAGCACCAAGUAGAAGGGAAAUUGGUCAUGGAAUGCUUGCAGAAAGAGCUCUUGAACCUAUUUUGCCUUCAGAUGAAGAUUUUCCCUACACUAUACGAGUAGAGAGUACGAUUACGGAAAGCAAUGGCUCUUCAAGCAUGGCUUCUGUCUGUGGAGGUUGCUUAGCCUUACUAGAUGCUGGUGUUCCAGUGAAGUGUCCAGUUGCUGGGGUAGCAAUGGGUAUGGUUUUCGACACAAAGGAAUUUGGAGGAGAUGGUACCCCACUUAUUCUUUCUGAUAUCAGCGGAUCUGAAGAUGCCUCUGGAGAUAUGGACUUUAAGGUUGCCGGUACUGAGGAUGGUAUAACAGCAUUUCAGAUGGACAUAAAGGUAGGAGGAAUCACGAUACCUGUCAUGAAACAAGCACUUUUACAGGCCAAGGAAGGACGGACGCAUAUUCUUGCUGAAAUGCUGAAAUGUACCCCUCCUCCAUCAAAGAAACUAUCAAAGUAUGCUCCAUUGAUUCAUGUUAUGAAGGUUAAACCCGAGAAGGUAAAUAUUAUCAUUGGCUCCGGUGGGAAGAAAGUAAAGAGCAUCAUUGAAGAGUCUGGAGUAGAAGCUAUUGAUAUGCAAGAUGAUGGCGUGGUGAAAAUUACUGCAAAGGACAUGACUAGCUUGGAAAAAUCCAAAGCCAUUAUAACAAAUCUGACAAUGGUUCCAACUGUGGGCGAUGUUUACAGGAACUGCGAAAUCAAAUCCAUUGCACCUUACGGAGUGUUUGUUGAGAUAGCUCCCGGAAGAGAGGGUCUCUGUCAUAUCAGUGAGUUAAGUUCAAGUUGGUUGCCAAAUGCUGAGGAUAUCUUCAAAGUUGGAGAUCGUGUGGAUGUCAAACUCAUUGAGAUAAAUGAAAAGGGUCAUCUGCGUUUGAGCCGUCGCGCACUACUUCCUGAUCCAGGCCCUGAUAAAUCCAGUGCUAAGCCAAAAUCAAGUAGCCCUUCAAAAGAAUAUUCGGUGGCCCAAAAUGCCUCUCCUGAGAAGGGAACCAAAGAGGAGGAGAAUAAGGAAGAAGCAUCAUCUAGAGCCAGCCAACCAGCCAAAGUUAGCACUCCAGAGAAAUUUAUCAGGAAAUUAGUUGCUGCUAAAGAUGGAGUGAAUGUUAACAAGGAGAAGCAAACGAAGAGCGGCGGUAAAACCAUAACCAGUGCCAUGGCUAAAGAUGAGGCUACUUUAGUUAAUGGUGAGGCUAAAGUUGGUUAAUGGGUUCAUGAAUAAGUGACCUGUGUUACUGGCACAUCGUAAUUGCAGACUGGACAGCAAUCAGAUGAUUCUUUUUGUCCGUAACAUGAAUUUCAGGGAAGGAAUCAAGUCCGCAUCUACAAAAAGUAUGGAGUGUUCAAUUUCAUCUCCCUUCUUCAGAAUUGCUUUCUUUCAUUGGGGCCUCAGGCUAGAAGACAUUAAGAAGCAUUGAAGUUUUCAUGGAGAGGGAAUUUGAUUUGCCCCGUUUGUUAUAUUCGCGUGUUUAGAAAAAGUUUUGGAUGAGUUCCUUCCUCCUAGGCUUACCUUUCAAUUAUAUCUAUUGGAACUCCAAGCCCAGUAAGUUAUACAGGUCCUAUUUUACGAUUGGCCAGCCCCGGGCAAAUGCUAAGGGCAUCGGAGAGGGCUUUAUGAGUGGGUGGGAGGAUGUAUAUGGUUUCCCUAUGCGGGGUUGUUGGCUUAACUGAUCCUGCUUUGGAUACUUGAACAAAAACAAUUUUAAUGGCUUUUGCUUCUUCAUAAUCAGAAUCGUCUAUUUACUAACUAAUAUGGUUUACAUAGUUCUACAUACUGUAUUUUGGAUUUUUUAAUACAUUGUUCAUUCGGGAAUUAUUAGAAUCUUGUAGAGUGAUCCAUUGAUAAUCUGAUAUUUUAAUUUUGCUGUAAUUUUUGGGAAAUAAUUUGGUAAUGACUUGUGUA